AUGUCGUCUACACUAUCAAGUAAACUAGAUCAAUUAAAGAGCUGGUUGGAUAAAAACUCAUUUUGGCGAGAAGACUUGAUCAUAAAAGACUCACCGUAUGGAGGAAUUGGGGUAUUUAGUCAAGGUCCAAUCGAUAUUGAAGAAGACCCAUUAUUAUUACGUAUACCGAAAACCAACUUGUUAGCACCUAAGAACUCUUAUAUUUAUAAUCUUUUAGUAGAUUAUGAAUCUGAGAACUCAGAUAUUAUACUAUCGGAAGGGAUGUUUGGAUUAGUCAUUACGGUUAUUUAUGAACUUCAAUGUCAUGAUUCCUCACCAUGGUUCAAAUAUUUACAAACAAUCGACUUUAACAAUUCCCAAAUACCCGUUUGUUUAUGGGAUACAAUUGAUAAAGAAAAUUUAAAAAAUACUCAAUUGGAUCUAUUGAAUUUCCUUGACCCUCAAGAAUUAAUUGACUUCUAUAUAGAGGCCAUUAGAUUUGCUCAAAAAAAUCUGGAUAUAUUGCCAAUACCGUCAAUAUUAAAUAUAAAUAAUACAGAUUUGUGCUCAGAAAUAUUGAUUAAACAUCACAACGAUAAAUUAAUUGAAUUUGGUAAAGUUAUUCAAAGUGUGAUUUCUCGAGCAUUCAUGAUUGAUAAUUAUUACCAAUUGGGUUUAGUUCCUGCAGCUGAUUUAUUCAAUCAUUUAUCGCCAAAACUUAUAGAUGGGAAAGUUCUUGAUCGUGAAAAUAUCCAUUUUGUUUGUGAUGGAACAGUUUGUGAUAUAUGCGGAGAGCAAGAAUGUGAUCAUGAAGAGGACGAGGAAGAAGAUGAAGGCAUGGAACAAGAACCACAGGAAGACGACAAUCAUGCUGAGAGUAUUACUUCGAUUAGUAUGGACUACAUAUAUGAAAUGGAGCAAGAUGAAUUGAGUGACGCAGAUACUGAUGUUGAUCCAGAAGAAGCAUCGACGUUAUCUAUGGAAGAAGAAAUUAGAGUGAAUGGCGCCGACCAAGAUUUGGCAAAUGAAUUAUCAGAUAGCUCAAAAUGCUGUGAUGCGAUUUUGAUCCGUGAGCCACAAGAGCAGCAUGGGUUCGAAAUUUUCAAUUCGUACGGGAAUGAGCUUUCAAACGCCCAACUAUUACAGAAAUACGGGUUUAUAGAUAUGGACAACAAUCCCAAUGACAUAUGUUUACUUUCAAUUCAAUUUUUCAAACAAUUGAAAACCUUGAAAGACAAAUUGGGAAACCCUAAAAAAGCAAAAGAGUUGGAUCAAAAAAUAGAAUGGUUGGAAGAAGUAGGAUAUGAAUUAAUUAAUGAAAUCAUCAAUGCUGGAGAAACUGAGCAUGAAGAACAUACUCACGACGAAGAGGAUUGCCAAGAUGAAAAUUGUAAUCAGAAAUAUGGAGAAGUUGUUCUUCCAGAGUCAUGGCCCCUUGCCAUAUUUGUAAGAAACAUAGAUGGAAGUUGUUCACCACAAACCUACGCAAUUUUAAAAUUAGUUGAAUUGAAACACCCUUAUUUUGUUCAAAAAUUAGAAUCAAUUGAUAAUGAAAAGAUAUUAAUGAAAAACAUUCAAAAAUAUCUAUUGAAUCACACUGAAAAAGAAUUGAAAUCGUUUAAUAAAACGGUGCUGAAUUGGUGCAAAAAUAGACUACAAAAAUACCCAGAUUCAAUCAAACCAAGUGAACAUAGCGAACAGAUAUCAACAAUCAUCAACCAAGAAAAGCGCAUAUUACAUAAAUUUAUAGGCUUACAUAGCUAA